AUGAUCUCGUCGUUUGCCAGUGUAUUUCCAUGGGAAACAUGCGAUAACUACUGGAACGACCACACGUGUGUUACGGGAAAAGAGAGCCCAGCCGCGUUAGCGAAACUCUCGCGAAAUCUCACCAGUAUGGGAAUGAUGACGCAAACGUCCGUGGAACAAUUCUGGGAAAACCGUGUACUACAGCAGACGUCGUCGAUCGAAAACUUUGGAGGCAUACAGUGGGAGCUGCUGGCGAUUAUGUUCCUCGCUUGGGUUAUUGUAUAUUUUGCCCUAUGGAAAGGAAUCACGCAAGCCAGAAAGUUCGUCUACUUUUGCGCACUAUUUCCGUACUUCCUUCUCAUCGUUCUACUCAUACGUGGACUAACGCUCGAAGGUGCUGGUAAAGGAAUAUACUAUUACCUCGCGCCAAAUCUCACCCGCUUAACAGACACCACAGUGUGGAAGGAUGCCGGAACACAGGUGUUCUACUCGUAUGGCGUUGGCUUCGGUGCGCUGAUUGCCCUUGGAUCUCACAAUAAAUUCAACCACAAUUGCUUCAGGGACGCAUUUAUAAUGUGCGUCAUCAAUGGCUGUACAUCGAUUCUGGCUGGUUUCGUUGUGUUCUCCAUUCUUGGCUACAUGUCCGUCAUCGCCCAGAAGGACAUCGCAGACAUCGUGAAGCCAGGAGUCGGAUUGGCUUUUCUCGCGUAUCCAGAAGUGGCCAGUAAUUUACCAGCUAAACAAGUCUGGUCAUGCCUUUUCUUCCUCAUGAUCACCAUUCUCGGAUUGGACAGCCAGGUGUGUAUGAUGGAAGGUCUGUUUACCGCACUUGAGGACGCGUUCCCGUUCAUACUCCGACGGCACAAAAAAGUCUCACUUGCUGUGACCUGUCUGAUAUUUUUCAUCAUCGGAAUCCCUAUGGUGACAAAUGCUGGAGCUUAUUGGCUACAAUUACUCGACACUUAUGGUGCUAGCGGUUAUGCGCUGUUAUUUGUCGUAUUCUUCGAAGUAAUUGGAUUGUCAUGGGGUUUUGGUGCUGAAAGAAUACGAGCCGCUCUUAAGGAAAUGGUUGGUAUAAAACUCAGCUAUCCUUGGAUAAUAAUAUGGAAAUAUGCCGCACCUGCUACAAGUGCGAUACUGUUCUUCUUCUGCGUCAUUUAUUACCGUCCUCUCAAGUAUCCGACCGGUGAAGAUUAUCCCUUAUGGGCAAACGUCUUUGGAUUCUUCUUGUCAUCUUGUUCCAUGAUAGUCAUACCUGGCUAUGCCGUCUACUACUUGUUGUUCACAAAUAAGCACUUAACUAUUAAAGAGGUUUGUUUGGGUUUUAUG